AACAGGAGGAGGAGAGGGCUGGAUAUGGGGGAGCCACCGCACAGGCCCGUAUGAUCGAGAUAAAACACUUUUUACAAAGAGAGCGAGCUGGAGAGGCCUUAAGGAGGACCGGGGGGGAAACACACCGAGGGAGUGGAGGAAACACGGGGACACGGCUACUGACCCAUCCCGGCGCAUCACGGGAGAAGCGGCGAGAGAAAGGAGGAGAAGAAGGAGAGAUAAUUCUGCUCGACCUGAUGGACUGAGAGGACAGAUGAAUGAAGACUGCCUACACUAACGCCUAUAGAUGCCUGGCCAAGGACCUGGACGCUUACGCCAUGAACACGGACAUGACAAUGGACGGCAUCGGCAGCCUGCAUGGCGGGGUGGCGGUGAGCUCCGUGGCCCCUGAUGCGGAGCUGAUGAGCGGCCACAGCCCGCACCACGGCCGCGGAGGCUCGUCGGGACCCGGAGCGGCGGCUGCGGCUGCGGCGGCGUCCACCCUGCGGAUACACCAGGACCUGGCUGCCGCCGCCGCCGCGUCCUCCCGCUCGGCCAUGGUGUCCGGCAUGGCCACGAUUCUUGACGGCAGCGGGGAGUACCGGCCGGAGCUGUCCCUGCCGCUGCACCACGCCAUGAGCGUGCCCUGCGACACCUCCUCUCCCGGGAUGGGGAUGAGCGGCACCUACACCACGCUCACCCCGCUGCAGCCGCUGCCCCCCAUCUCCACCGUGUCCGACAAGUUCCACCACCACCAUCACCACCACCACCACCACCAGCGGCUCUCCGGGAACGUGAGCGGGAGCUUCACCCUGAUGCGCGACGAGCGGGGAUUGCCGGGGAUGAACAACAUUUACAGCCCCUACCACAAGGACCACAUGUCCGGGAUGGGUCAGAACCUCUCCCCGGUGCUGGGCAACGGCCUUGGCUCCAUCCACAACACCCAACAGGGUCUCCACAAUUACGGCACCACGACGCACGGGAGCCACGACAAGAUGCUGAACUUCGACCACACAGCCUCUAUGCUGGCUAGAGGGGACCACCACCACCAGCACCGAGGCCUCGGCGCUCCGGCUGGCGGGAUGAUGCCGCACCUGAACGGAAUGCACCACCCGGGACACCCGGUCGUUUCCUCGGCGGGCCACCACCCCCACUCUCACCCCCACCUCCAGUCUCCAUCCCACGGGCCCGUGUUGGCUUCCACCCGGGAAAGAACGCCCUCCUCCUCGGGGACGCAGGGGGGGAACAGCUCGGGACAGUUGGAAGAAAUCAACACUAAGGAGGUUGCGCAGAGGAUCACGGCGGAGCUCAAGAGGUACAGCAUCCCCCAGGCCAUCUUCGCCCAGAGGGUGCUGUGCCGCUCCCAGGGGACCCUGUCGGACCUGCUGAGGAACCCCAAACCCUGGAGUAAACUAAAGUCAGGCCGGGAGACCUUCAGGAGGAUGUGGAAGUGGCUGCAGGAGCCCGAGUUUCAGAGAAUGUCCGCGCUCAGACUGGCAGCGUGCAAGAGGAAGGAGCAGGACACGUCGAAGGACCGCAACAAUACGCCAAAGAAGUCGCGGCUGGUCUUUACCGACUUGCAGCGGCGCACCCUGCUGGCCAUCUUCAAGGAGAACAAGCGGCCAUCCAAAGAGAUGCAGCUCACUAUCUCGCAGCAGCUGGGCCUCGAACUCACCACCGUCAGCAAUUUCUUCAUGAACGCCCGCCGCCGGAGCCUGGACAAAUGGACAGACGACGGAGCCAGCCCUGGCGGCCAAUCUUCAGCGUCAAGCACUUGUACCAAAGCGUGAUAAUAGAGAGCGAGGAGGGGAAUGGGGAGUCGGGGAGGGGGUGGGAGUUUUGGGGAGGGAUGGAGGGCGCGGGUUGAGGUUUCGUCCAGUUGAAGCGUGGAGGAAAACCAAACUUUUUACUUUUUUUGUUUGUCUGGUUUUGUUUUGGGUUUUUUUUUUGCUUUUGUCAAGAGUGACAAACUGAGAGAGGGGCUGCUCACUGCCACGACUUGUUUUAGCCAAACCGCCUUUUGCAAAUUCAUCAUACAUCCAUUAAGAAGCUGAAGGGUAAAUUAAUCUUUAGAACAUUCAAACCUCACUGACGUUCACUGCUGAUGUCUCCUUUUGGACAAUAAGCUGACACGCUAGCCCAAAUACCAAAGACGAGAAGACGAUGCGUGUUUUCUAUUAUGCAAUAUAAGCUAGAAACCAACCAAACAGGAAUGCAAGGAAAGCUUUAAGACCACAGAAUGUGAUAGAAGCUCGGGGAUAAGCAAGAGUUGUGUGGAAAUUUUGUGGUAUUUCUAAUCUCAAAUGUCCAAAGCUGACACAUCAGUUCACGAAAGAAUCCUAAUUUAGAAGCUGGGUUUCAGAAACUGCACAAUCAAAGUUUGUUAUUUAUCUUGAAAACAGAAGGUAGUUUUUUUUCUUCACAGGAUAUCUGGUCAGUUUUCUUCAAAAUAACAUUAAUAGUUACUCCAGCUCAGUAUUCUGCUGAUAAAAAUGUAUCAGUUUAUCUGAUAUACAACAGCAUUUUCAGGAGAAAAAAAAGUCUAAAAAAUUUACAAUAAAAACCUCAUAAUUUUAGCUGUAGGUUAUGACUUCAAUCUUUAAAAAAGUUUAGAGUUUUUCCUCAUUCAUUUCAGGAUUUCUUAUUUGUUAUAAAAUUCUUGAUGUUCUUUUCUUCCUUAAACAUUUUGAGGGGUUUUUUUUUUUUUUUUUGGUAAAUUUCCUGCAAAUUUCACACUAAAAAUCUAGUUAAUUUAGCCUUUUUUCUUGUAAAUUUCCAAAUCGUACCCCUCAAAAUUUAGAUUCAGCCUUUAAUAGCUCAAAGAGUCUUUUAUGUAUUAUUCAGGAAGAUGUUUUGGCUGUGCAGUCUCUGUUUUUAUCACAACUGAGGAGUUGAUUUCUAACAUGUUCUAUACAAAUUUUAAUGUGAAAAUAGAAAGCCGAUCUCUUAAAUGCAUGCGAUCAAGGUAGACUUCUAUUUUGACUGAAAAUAACCAACUCUUGUUUAUAAAAUGACAAAAUUUCCAUAGCUUUUUGGAUAAAACAUGUAAAGAUUUGGCUCUUUAAAGGGGAAAGUGAGGAUUUUCUUUUCUUUUUAAGUUAGGAAAUGGCAAAAUAUGCAAGCACAAACACACACACACACAUAUAUACACACACACACACACACACACACAUACUCACCAAGGCACAUGCAACUUCUUCAUAAUUUGAGCCAACUACAAGCUUUCUCAGCAUAUUUAGUGUUUGAUGGAGUAUUAGUGUAUAAUAUAUGAAUAUAUAUGAUGUAUGUGAGCACAAUCUUGAAGCACAUUUUCUUUGCAAUAGAACCGGGGCUCUCUGCCAAGCCGAGUGGUCGUCACAUCUUAGAAAACUCAGGAUGCCAUUUUUUUUAAACAGUGGCUGAAAUCUAUUCAGCGUCUGUUGUCACAUAAUGUACUGUACGAAUGUACAAACAAACAUGCAGACACACAAACAGAUUUCAGACACACACACAACUUUAAAGAGUCAUUUCCCAAUCACUUCCCUGAAUUCACAGCCAAACCAAAGCUAAGCUCCAGUUUACCCUUGCUUCACCCACCCAUCACUUCUGUUACCAUAAACUCAUCCAUUAGGGCAGCACACUCCACAAAGCAUCUUAGCAUUAAUACCACCUUGGUUUGCAAAGAAAAAGGAGGUUUUCAAACCAAUGAAAGUCAGACUAGAGCUGAAAUUUAUAACCAUGUGACCAAAAUCUGUGAUCCUCAAGGUGGUGAACUAAAAGUAGGAUGGGGAUUUGAAGGUCAAAUGAUAAUUUUAGCCUGGAUUUACAAAGACAAAAGAUAAUAUCUCUGGCUGGUCAUUAUUUAGAUGGAACUCAAAUCUGUUCAGAUUUAUCAAGUGAUAUGGCAAGUCUUCUUACUAGGCACUGGAAACCCCCCAAGCAGCACUUGUUUUUCCAAAAUGGUUUUGUUCGCCAUAGUUCAAUAUUAUUAACAUUAAAUCUAAGACAAUAAAAAAUGUCAAGAAGUUCUGGGCUUUAAAUUAGUCACCCACAAGAACCCUGCAAACAUCUUGGCAUUAAAUAAGCAUCGGCCAGCCGCUUUUUCUCACCAUCUAGUUGCAUCUAUUCUGUUGCACUAGAGUUCAUUUCUUAUUGAACAAACACUAAGCAGAUGACAUUUAGGUUUAUAAUCUUGACAUUAUCCCCAGUUUAGAUCGGAAAGAUGCCACAAAAAUGCUCCUACAUUGGUUUCUUUAGACCCUUAAGUCAAAAUUUGUGAAAAAAAGCACAACUAUUGGGAAAACAAGGCUACGUUAUGUUGAGAGUGAUUUCUACGGCUCUUUUUUAGUCACCACAACAAAUAUUGAAACUAAACCUUUAACUUUUUAAGAAUAAAGAAUGUUCUGGAUUGAAAAUCUUUUGGUAUAAAUCCAGUUUUAAGCCAAGAUGCUUUUUGGAAAGCUUUGAUCUGCCCUCACUGCUACCACAGGUAAGCAAACCAAAACCUCCCACUGCAUCAACACAUCCACAGAACCAGAUAACCAUCUGAGCCCAAGAAGGACAAACUGUCCAGGCGAAUCAGGGCCUUUGUAAUAGUUAAAGAGGACAAUCUAAAGACGAUGCCUGGUUAGUCUGUCUCUUCCAGAGGGUCAGUGGGUUGGAAAAGAGCAUUUGCUGCAAACAAAUGAUCUCUGAUAAAUGUGUACAUCAAAUUGUGCUGAUUUAUUAAGAUAAAGCAAAAGCCAGUUGCUUAAAAGUUUGAGGACAACACUCAAAAAUGUAGUUUGUUUGCAGCGUAGGAAAGUUGGAUGCUUGGUAAAAGGGAUGGACAGUCAACAGACAGAUGGGCUGUGACACAAAAACUAGACUCUUCUGCCCAUAUUUGUGACUGUCUUUGUGUCCAAGCAUCCAUAGCUACCAAAUCCUCCAAUACCCAUUGAUUUGAAGGUUUUACUGUCACACUUUACAGCCUUUACACAUGAUGUAAAUACUAACAAACCCACAAAACCUCAAGCACCAUCACCUCCAGCUCAGUUUUGGCAGCCUUUAUCAUUUGCAGUCACUUCAUCAAUCAUCUUUCACUCAAGCUAUCAAACCAAAAAAAGAAAGGAAACCAAACCAAAGGAAACGCGCCAGUCAGCAGCCCCUGCUCCUUAGAAACCCCAGGCUGAGUCUUGGCCUGGUUAGAGGCAAGCCAAAGGCUUUAAGAACGAUUUAACAUUAAAAAAAAAAAAAAAAAGGACACUUAAGACUUUUUCUAUUUAUUGACAAAUCGAAACCAAAGAAAACUUUUUUUCUGCACCUAACUGUUCCAACAAAUGGGAAAAACUGAUGAUGGAAGAGAAUUAUUACCAAAAAAAA